CGGCCGACUGGACGUACGCGGUUUUGUGUAACACGCGUGGCGUCGGUGAGUGAGUGAGUGUGUGUGUGAGUGCGUGUUUACACGCGUGUGAUUUGAAUUGGUGCCGGCCGUCAGCGAGAAAGCGGGCUGCGGGCAUCCGGCAAUUGGGUCGUGCGCGGUCGCCAACCUGUGCGAGCUUCUAUGUGCGUCUGUGGUGUGCGUGGAAUUAUGCGAGUGUGCAUCGCAAGGUUGUCGCUAUAGGUGUCUGCGGGCUGUAACAAGUGAUUCUCUUUUCUGGGAAGAUACCGUCCGAUGACGUCACCUCCGCUUCUCUCUGGCUUGUGUUUACCGGGAAGAGCCCGCCACAUUCCUAAGAUCGUCGUUACGACAUAUCUGGCCUGAAUCUACCAUCUACCUUCCUGUCAAAGAGAGUGGAUUUCGGGCAGAGGGGCGCCCGCCAACCUGUUGCCGCACGGCUGUGACGUCACCGCGGUACACCGACUGCCAGCGAGGCGAGGGGCUCAGCCGUGACAUUGGCGUGGGCAGAACACCUGUUGCCGGCGGAGUGACCCCUUUCCCCCGGUCUCCGCCGCGCGCCAGUGCGUCGCCAGCUCAGCUGUACUGGCGCCACAGGUGCGACGUUGGCCGCGGAUGGUAGGUAAUCUCUGGACGCUGACUCGGCUGCAACAACGUCUCUGUCCACCGCUACCCGAGCGCCGUUGCCAGCGGCCAGUGAGACAGUGUGCGUCGCACUGGAGUGACAUUCUGCCGGCGGGCGUGCAUAAGUGUGUUUGUGUAAAGAAGUGUGUUUACAUGUACGUCUUCAGUGUGAUAAAUACUGCAUAUCAGCCUUGUGCGAAAUUGAUGCGCUUGCCGCUGCCAGCAGUCUGGAAAUAACUGUGCGGUGUGCAUGACUUGUUUCUAGCUGAUAACUUGACAGGUGCACAUUAUAUCUUGCUGCCUUCCGUCGAAAGCACCCUGCAGGAUGGGAUGCAAUAGGGAUAUCCAAUAACGUGAAGUGCUCGAUUCUUGAGAGACAUAAAUAUGUUAUAGCGCGGAGGAGAAUCUGAAAUUGUAAGCAGUGUACAACAUUUGAGGAUAAAUAUCCAUCUUCAUUGUAUAUUAUGGUGAUAUACAGGACUUUUCUUGACUGAAAGUUUUAUUGUUUCAUCAAAAUUUCCAGUGAAUAUCCAGCGGCUUAAGCUAUUGCCAAAAAUCUCAAGUGACAUACAUUCGAAUUAUCAGUGAAUGGGAAAAGAGAUUUUAGCAGAGGCAGUAAAAGAAAUUGUCCAGCUAUUUCUUAGAAUCAUAUGUGGCAGGAAUCUGUUUGCCGCAAACAUACAGAUUAUCUGCACCUUUUUAACAGCCUGUCGAAAUAGUAGAGAGAAGAGAGGAUGUGUGCUAUGAAUAUUAGUACAUAACGUGCAGAAGUGUUGCAGAUAGCGCCAUGGGCACCAACCCCAGGUGGUUGAGUGAACAUGGAGGAAUCACUGAGAGACCGUGAUCGACAACCGAGGAUCCUGUUGGACGAUGUGAUAAUGACCCCACCACACUCGGCAGUGAAGCCAGGGUCUUCAGCCAACACCAUGGAACCACGAACUGUGGCAGCCACUGAUACUGAGGCUGACGUCAGAUGCUGCUGCUGCAUCCCCUACCAGCGGGUCUCACCCACUAAGGCUUUAGCCGCAAUCGCGGAUGUGGAGACCACAGAGAGGACUUGUGAUGAGCAGAGUGAACAGGAGAAAAUGCUACUCAGUGGGGCGAGAGAGGACAAGGAGCCCCUGGUUGCUUCUGAUUUCACAGGAGAUCCAUCGUCAAAGCACGAAGCUCCAGGUAAUCCUUCAUAUAGUUCACAGGUUUCUGGUGUACUGGACUGUGAGAAGCUUGAGGUAGGUCAGAUGGACAGUGCUGAGACAAAUGACAAGGAGAAGAAACACAGUGACGAUCCACCGUCGCCCCCAAGGAUCACCCUCGCCAUUCCAGAAGACACCGAAGACCUUGACGAGGGUGACACAGAAAGUUUUGAAGACUCAUUACCCCGCCAUCAGCAGCUGAGGAAACAGCUGCUCAAGCACAGGAUGGCGUCAGCUGAUGACAGUUCCAGCUCCAGUGACAAGGAGGAAGCCUCGUCCAGGAGCAAAGAUGGCAAUGAAGUGGAAGGCAGUGACGACUCCCCAGUGGCCUCCGUCAGGGACCCUCCUGUCUUUGGUGUGGAGCAGCUGAACCGCUACAAACUAGCCAAGACUGCACAGCUCAAGAAGGGUGAUAGUUCAGAAUCUGGAGAGGAAACAGCGGCUCAAGUCGAGCAGCGAUCGCAGCGGCCUAUGGCAAUCCCGAGGUACCAGUCGGCCAGUGACGACACCCCUGACAGUGGAGCCAGGUCUCCUUCUGUGGACAGUGAAGUGGUGAAGGCACGACCAGUCAAGCACAGUGUGGACGGCGAAUCCACUUCAACAGUCGCUAGUGCUGACAGUGGUCACCAUCGACUUCAUCCAGAACGGCGGCACGGCCACCGCCACCAGAACAACCAGGCACCACGCAUGGGCCUCCGACCGCCCCGUGAGCUGCGCCUACCCCGCCCACCCCCGGAACCCGAGGACGACGACGUGUUCCCCACCUGUGGACGCUCCAAACCGUCGCCCCCUCCACCGACUGUAGAGCCGCCACCCCCAGACGAUCCGCCUCCACCCUGGGAGACGGAGGAGCAGAACACAGUCUAUAUCGGGGGUGGGCUGCCCGGUUACACCAUGUACCAGCAGUCACUGCUGGGCGUGCCCUGCCCACACGACUAUGGUGAAGCCUCCAGUGACGACCUCAGCUCGGAAUGGGAUUCAGACACGCCGCUGACGGAUUCGACUGCUGCCGAUGCCCAGGGAACAAAGUAUAUGUAUCUUUGA